UGUGCAUUCAAGAAAUCUGUUGGAGUUAACAGCAGCCGGGAGGGAAUCAAGGGUUUGGUGGCGAAAGCGAGGACGCCGACAACCGCAAAAUAAGUGACCGCGGGCCGCGCCAUUGGACAAUGCGCGAGAGCUCUCCAUAAGAGCAGCAGCCAUGGGUUAGACUGCUUUCACCAUGAUAGCGAAAUAAAAGCACCCUGACACCUGAAAAUGUCUGCCCGGGGUGGUCCGGCCGCAACCCCUGCGGCUCCCGCUCAACCGGACAUGCCGGACCUGAGCCACCUCACCGAGGAGGAGAGAAAGAUCAUCCUCUCGGUCAUGGACCGACAGAAGAAAGAGGAGGAGAAAGAGCAGUCCAUGUUGAAGGAACCUCCUAAAGAAGACACAAAGCCUCAACCAACUCAGUGGAACCCUUUCAGUGGAAUCACUGAGAUGGUUAGUAAUGUUCUUCAGCCCCUGUCAAAAUCCCCCAGUGAGGAGGAGCCAAAGGCGAAGUUGCACCAGCAGUUUGAGAUGUACAAGGACCAGGUGAAGAAGAUCGGGGACGAGGCCCAAAAGAAUCCAGAGCAGAAGAGCGACUCGCCCACUUGUGGGAUCUGCCACAAAACCAAGUUUGCCGAUGGCUGCGGCCACGUCUGUUCUUAUUGCCAAACUAAGUUCUGCGCUCGCUGUGGAGGACGCGUCUCCUUACGGUCUAAUAAAGUAAUGUGGGUAUGCAACCUGUGCCGAAAACAACAAGAAAUCCUCACCAAGUCGGGAGCGUGGUUCUACAGCGGUUCUGAGGGGUCCAGAUCAGGGCCCCAAGCCAAAGCGAGGGGAGGCCCAGCCGGAGCAAGUCAGGACCCUCUCAGAAACGGUUCAGGGAACCCCACAGACAGAAAAAGAAGCCCAUCAGCAUCCAGGGACCCAAACGCGGCGUAUAACCAAAGGGAGGGGGAAGUAGGAUUGCAGUAUGCCCCGGCUGAAGGUGGCAUGCCCCGUUCUCCGUCCGACUACGGACGGGACCCUGGCCGUUCACCAAGGAGUUCAAGGAUGUACGACGAGGUGGGUGGUUAUCUAGACAGUCGAGGACGCUGGCACUCCCAAGGCCAGCGUUUGGAUGGCCAGUUAGAUGACUAUGAACUCCAGAGGCGCCGCGAAGAGGAGUACCAGGCCCGAUACCGCAGCGAUCCCAACCUGGCGCGUUACCCAGUCAAACCCCAGCCCUACGAGGAGCAAAUGCGCAUUCACGCGCAGGUGUCACGGGCUCGGCACGAGCGCCGCCAUAGCGAUGUCUCACUUGCCUACACGGAAAUUGACGAGCCACUACAUGGCCCUGGUAGGCGGCAGUCUCGCCUUCCUUUAUUGGGAGGCCCAAGUCAACGCUCGUACUCGGUGGACAGGAGCUCACCAGGACAUCGGACAUCCAACCAUAGCCCACCGACACCACACCGCAGCCCUGUGCUUGGCGACAGCCGGCGAGGGCUGGGAGAUCCUGCAAGGAAACCCAUAUCCCAACAGCACCAUUUGGACCCUAGCUCAGCCAUGCGCAGGAACAAACGGGACAAAAUGGAUAACAUGCUGCGAAACGACUCUUUAAGCUCGGACCAAUCCGAGUCGGUUCGACCUCUUCCACUCCGACCCCACCGUAGCAAGCACAUUGGCAAGCUUAGAGCCAUGGGCAGCUUCAGUAGCUCGGAGGAGGAGCUGGCUACCACGCCAGAGUACACCAGCUGUGAGGACGUGGAGUUGGAAAGUGAGUCCAUCAGUGAAAAAGGAGAUAUGGAUGGUCACUGGUGGGACCAUGCGUCUUGGCAUAGCGAGGCAUCCUCUAUGUCGAUGCACCCGGUAACAUGGCAACCAUCCAAAGAUGGAGAGCGCCUAAUAGGGCGGAUAGUGCUUAACAAACGGAUGAAAGAUGGCACGGUGCCCCGAGACACAGGGGCACUGCUUGGUCUCAAGGUGGUGGGAGGGAAGAUGACAGAGUCUGGGAGACUUUGUGCUUUCAUCACGAAGGUGAAGAAAGGAAGUCUAGCAGAUACUGUCGGCCAUCUGAGACCAGGUGAUCAGGUUCUGGAGUGGAACGGGAGAGUCUUACAGGGAGCCACAUUCAAGGAAGUUUACAAUAUCAUUCUAGAAUCCAAGCCUGAGCCGCAGGUGGAGCUGGUGGUCUCACGGCCCAUUGGAGAUGUUCCUAGAAUACCAGAGAGCACUCAUGGACAACUUGAAUCAAGUUCAAGUUCCUUUGAAUCCCAAAAAAUGGGCCCUUCCAUCUCCGUCACUUCCCCUAUGAGUCCUGGCAUGCUCCGAGACACCCCUCAGUAUCUGUCUGGACAGCUCUCAAGUCCAUGCCUUAGUAGAAGAACCACGCCUUUUGUCCCUAGGGUCCAGGUGAAGCUCUGGUACGAUAAAGUGGGACAUCAACUCAUUGUAACUAUCCUGGGUGCCAAAGACCUGCCUGCACAAGAAGACGGGCGGCCCAGGAAUCCCUACGUCAAAAUCUACUUCCUCCCUGACAGAAGUGACAAAAGCAAGAGAAGAACGAAAACAGUGAAGAAAUCCCUAGAGCCCAAGUGGAACCAGACGUUCAUGUACUCACCAGUGCACAGACGAGAGUUCAGAGAGCGUAUGCUGGAGAUCACACUAUGGGAUCAGGCCAGAGUCCGAGAGGAGGAAAGCGAGUUCCUAGGAGAGAUUCUAAUAGAGUUGGAGACAGCCCUGGUGGACGAUCAGCCUCACUGGUAUAAGCUACAAACACAUGACCUAUCUUCUAUGCCCCUGCCUAACCCCUCACCCUACAUGCAGAGACGAAUCCUACAUGGAGAGAGCCCCACGCGCAGGUUACAGAACAAAGGCCCGUAUUAUUACAACUCAGGGUCACAGCGAAUCAGUGACAGCGAAUUCUCUGAUUAUGACUGUGAAGAUGGGAUUGGUGUUAUCUCAGAUUACCGGCACAACGGCAGGGAUUUCCAGAGCUCCACUCUAUCUGUACCUGAGCAGGUUAUGUCGUCCAAUCACUGUUCACGAUCAGACAUGAGCCGCACACGCUCACGCUCACCCAGCGUCCCUCCCCCACAGAGUCGAAGUUUAGAUCACGGUGUAAGAGGAGGACACUCGCAUUACGGCCCCCGACAUCGACUGUCUGAGGACAGAUACUCACUGGACAGUCACUAUCUUACCCUCCCUCCUCGAACCAGACACAGACAGCCAACCACCAAUCCUGCUGUCCAGGACCCCAGUCUGCACCCCCUCUAUCGUGAAGACGCGGUCAAGUUACUACGCUCCACUAGGAUGGCCCGUGCAUACUCAGAUGGGUCGUACAAUAGCAUGGACAGGAGAAUGAAGAGGGAUAGACAAAUGUCUGCCUACAAUGACUCAUUUGAAUCUCCUGAGAGAUAUUACAAUGGGCCCAAUCAUGUAUCUACUCCAUGGCCUAAUCAUGUCAUGAAUGGAAGUGGUGGAGACUACAGGUAUAGCCGCAGGAUGGUGGACAGGCAUGACCAUUACAGGUCCAGAUCAGCUGACCAGCGGCCCAUGAUGGAUCGACCAGUCUACACCCGCUCCCGCUCGUCCGAGCGGCCCGACUCCGGCUACAUGAGGUCCAUGCCAUCCUUACCGUCAGGGAGAUCUGCCCCUCCCUCUCCUGCCUUAACGAGGGCAAACCCCCGGACUGGCUCGGUCCAAACGAGUCCCACCAGCACGCCAGUAUCCAGUCGGAGAGGCCGGCAGCUACCACAGGUCCCACCCAAGGGAUCUAUGGACAGAGAAGAUGGCGAGGGUGUGACUGAGCCUUAUGAAGGUACUCUGAAGGAUCCAUCUAGGCAGCGUGGAAUGGACAGUCUUUCCAUGAGGUCAUCGGACAGUGAUGUAAGCGACGUGUCCGCUAUGUCGAGUGCAUCUCGGCUUAGCAGCACGAGCUACAUGUCUGUCCAAUCAGAAAGAGCGCGAGCCAACCGCAGGAUCAGCCGUACGGAGGCCCUUAACAGUCAGAGCGAGGAGGGAACUGUGGUUCCGAUAGAACAGUUGGAAGCAGUGACAGGAAGUGCUCUAGGGGCAGGACAGGAAGGAGGGGCGACUGAGGCUGCCGAGAACCCAGAGGAGGAAGUAGUGGAGGAAACUGAGAGGGCUCAGACGGCCACACCUGGCUCCAACAUCACCAAGAGCUCCAGUGUGGGCGGAGACAUGUGCUCGCUGGGCCGGAACGACGAUGAGGACGAUGACAAGAAGAGGCGGUCCAGUUUCGGGGCAAAGAUGGCGGCAAUGGUAGGACUUGGGAAGAAAAGCCAAAGUACAUCCCAGCUGGACCCGGAGGAGGAGGGUAAGAAGAAGAAGCCGGUGCGUCUGGCGAUCCAGCGGAGUGUGGAGACGGGUUUAGCAGUUGAGAUGAAGAGCAGAAUGACACGGCAGCCCAGCCGAGAGACCACAGAAGACGGUGAAAAGGCAAAACCUGGAAAUCUCAUAUUCCCUGGGGUGAAGAUCUCAUCAGACAGCCAGUUCACUGAGUUUUUGGAUGGUCUUGGCCCCGCCCAGCUGGCAGGAAGACAGACGCUGGCCACGCCUCCUAUGGGUGACAUCCAGAUUGGUAUGGUCCACAGGAAGGAGAGGCUAGAUGUUGAGGUUAUUCGGGCCAGAGGUCUGGUGGGCAAACCAGGCAACAAACAGACACCAGCACCCUAUGUGAAAGUAUAUCUGCUAGAGAACGGCAAGUGUAUCAACAAGAAGAAAACACGGACAGCGAGAAAAACGCUGGAUCCACUUUACCAACAGCAGCUUCAAUUUGAGGAGAACCCUGAAGGGAAGGUUUUGCAGAUCAUUGUUUGGGGGGACUAUGGCCGCAUGGACCACAAAUCCUUCAUGGGAGCUGCCCAGAUCCUAUUAGACGAUUUAGAGCUGACCAACAUGGUGAUUGGCUGGUACAAGCUCUUCCCUCCCACCUCAUUGGUGGACCCGACAUUGGCACCUUUAAGUAGCAAACCUUCAGAAUCAGGCCUGGACAGCUCCAAAGUUCGGUCGUAGCAGCACGAGGAGGUGAGCGACGGAGAGCGGCAUGAGUAGCUACAGCUACAGACAGAAAGGAGACAGUCUCGACGGGUCACUUCCUGGCUACACUGCAUGCUUGAUGUUGUGUCCUCUGAGCCUGUGCGACGAGAGGCCAUGGAAAGGCCUGCGUCCUUCUGCCAAAAAAUAAACUAAAAUAAAAAAGUAUGCUGCUGUCAUGUGCAGGGAACAAAAGCCACAGGAAGUCUCCUUCAGCUGAGGAGGUGCAGCCAAUGAGAUACGGCAGAGUUCUGAUUUUUUACAAGGCGGAUGUAGGAAAAAGUGAGCUGAUUUCUACAGGAAGUUUUCACAGAAGCACUGAUUUAGAAAAGGAAGAUACCAUUUUACUUUGGCUGUUCACUUUCUGUUGUAUUUCAAGAGAUGUCAGUGUUUCUUACAUAGAACUUGAUAUGUUGUAGCUAUUACUGUGAGCCAAGCUGUGAAAAGAUUAUCCUGAAAGAGAGAAGCAUUUGAGGUGGGAUAGGAAAGACAAAGGGUAACCUCAGAAAGAUGACGUCUAUGCGGGAAUGUGUACCAUACAUCAUCAAGAAAGACUGCCACAUGAUCUUCAAAGUUCAAUGAUGAGCAAAUGAAAUGGCCAGAUUUCCUUUUUGAUUCAUGAAACAACAGAAUUAAUCUAAUUUUUUUUCUUUUGUGCUCCAGUAUGAUGUUCUGUUUGUUGAUGUACUGUAUAAAUUCAUGAGAAAUCUUUCUUUCUUUUUUUUUUUUUUUUUUUUGUGCAUGGAUGCAAAGUUGUUGUUUUUUUUCUUUUUUUUAAAGGCGUAAGGUUAUUUUUCUUGAGGCUGCAACUAGCAAAAAAAAUGAAUAAUAAUAAUAAUAAUAAUAAAGAAAAAGAAAAAUAGAUAAGGAUGAACAGAUCAGCCAUUUUCAACAGUUUGUAUUAUUUUUAAUAUGAAAUUCUCUAGUGCAUGGUUUUCAAAGAGACUGAAUGCAAAAUGAUAAAGACGUGAUUGUCAUCCUUUAGAAUAUUCUUCUGUAUUUUUACAGAUCUCACAGGUGUGGCCUGGGGAGACUUUAUAUCUCAUAAUUAUUGGGGAAAAAACAGUCUUCUACGGGAGGGAAAGAGAUGGUUGAGGAAAACACAAUAAAUGUACGAGCCUAACAUUAUGUGAAAAUUGUACGUUUCUCUCUCCAGAGGCAGCCAUAUUAGUGUUCAUGUGGAGACAGAGCUAUAGAUUAUUUUAUGGGUCUGUCAUGAUUCCACUUUGUCACUUUACAAAAGAAUGGCUCAUUCAUUCUAAGCAAGCAUGUUGAAAAGGGUCUGCAACAUGGAUUGAGCACACCGUCUGAGUAAUACAGCAUGUUUUGAUAGAGACAUCUGGGAAUUUUUUCGCAGUAUUGUGUACAGUGCAUGUGGACCAGAGGCUCCGCCGUCUCCCUGAUCUGACGUCAUCCACAGAUUCAGGUCGGGGUCAAGGUUUUGUGGCCAAUGGUUCAGACAUUCAACGCAACAUUCCACCUCUUGGCACUCAUCUUUUUUUUAAAGAAAAAAAGAAAAAAUAAUAACAGACAAAAGAAAACAAAAACACAUGGUGAUAAAAGAAGGUAAAAAAGAUAAUUUAUAUUUAUUCAAGGUUGACUUGGAAAAAAGGUUGCAAGUAUAUUUUAUUUUAUUAUUGUUAUAAAGAAAACAAUAUAAAAAAAUGGAUCCCAUUGAAUGGUGCUGUACAAAGACUCUGAAGUCGGAGUGGACCGGACAAUGUUCUCUCUCGUCAUGUUGUUCAACACAACAGACACUGGUUGUCGAUUGAAGAGCUGGUCGGUUCAUGGAGAUGGGAAAAUUGCCACACAAUAUGAAUUUUUAAUUGUUUUUUGUUUUGUUUUUGUUUUUUGAGAGAAUAAAAUUCAUUUACU